ACCUAAAACGUUGACCAUCCAUACAGGUGAUGAUGCGUGUCGUCUGUGGUGCCAGCAUAACAACGGUGCCUGGGCGUACCAUGGACCUGUACCUGAUGGAAUGCCAUGUAGCACCAAGGACAGCAGCAUCUGUGUUAAAGGGUCAUGUAAGCAAGUGGGCUGUGAUGGUGAGUUUGGCUCCUCUGCUGAGUUUGAUACCUGUGGCGUGUGUAACGGUGAUGGGUCCACGUGUUCAGUCAUCGAAGGAACUUUCACAGGAAACAACCAUGGUACCUCCACUGUUGUCACCCUACCUGAGUCAGCCUAUGACAUCACCAUCUCAUCUGCGGUACCCCUAGGAGAGAUGUCUCGCAAUCUUGUUGGCCUGGAGGCAGAUGGGGAGAGACCACUUCGGCCCAAUGCUGGACUGCACUACUUCUUCUACGGGGGUGCUGGCUGGAAAACCACACAGUACAACAACCUAAAACUCCUGUUUGAGGCAAAGGGGCCGCUGACAAAGCCUGUAGAAGUCACUAUGGUCCACUAUACAGGCAUCUCUAUGGACAAUAAGGGAAUCACCUACAAGUUUAAUGUGCUAAAAGGAAAAGAGAGUCACAUCCAGAGAAAAUCACAGAGACAGACAAUGAAAACAAGAAGUGAUCCCAGCCCGACCACAGAACCCACGGAGCUGUAUGUCUGGGUUACUGAGGAAGGGGAAUGUUCCAAAGACUGUGCUGGAGGUACUAAAUCAGUGACACUGUUCUGCCAGAGAAGUGAUACAGGGUACGUGGUGGGGAAUCAGUACUGUCAGCACCUGCAGAAGCCACAUGAAGAACGCAGAAUACCCUGUAACCUAGACCCCUGUCCUGUCAGAUGGAGGGUGGGCACGUGGGGCGAGUGUUCGAGAACGUGCGGGGAGGGCGUGAUGGUGAGGUCGUUGACCUGUACCAGAGAGGUGUCUGAGGGCACGUGGGAGGAUCUGGACCAGACCUACUGUGAUCACGUCAGCAGACCCACCGACAGAUACGAGUGCAAUAUCGAAGACUGUGUGGACAGUAAGAAGCAGAAGGCCAAGACUGUCAGCCCCCGACUCAGCUACUGGAUGCGAGCCCUACAGAAGCUGAGAUCAACGUCAUCGUCAUGAUACGUCAUCAACUACCUCAUUGUCUCCUACUCCUUCAGGCAAAUUUCUGUCUUGCUUGGGGUAUUAAACGUUACCUGUAUGUUUUAUUUGUUUUUGUUUCAACCUCUUGAAGUUGUGUUCUGUAUGUUGAAGAGAAGAGAUAGGGAAUUUUGUCCUCUUUUACUGUGAACAUUGCCUAAAAGGAGUGACAGGGCGGGAAAAUUUAAAGGUGUUCGCCCUUACAUAUAUAACUGCCCUUUUGGGAAUCCUGUAUAUUGCAGUCCAUUGGAAUAAUGUAUAAAAUUCAAGAAGUUAUAAUUAAGAUUACAAAAACUAAUGUGAAGCUAUGCCCUUGAUUCUAAAAUAUAUGUAGAGUUUGAGUUUGCACAAUGUUUGCAGCUUUUACUAACUACAGUCUACACAAACAAUUGUAUGGCAAAAGAUAAAGAACUCUACUGUUACCGAUGCUAAAAACAGGUGCUAAAACUGGUGCUUGAAUAUAUAAUUGUAAAAUUUACAAUUGUACGCUGCAGAUUGCUGUAAAUUCCUUGUUUGACGGAAUCAUUUCUACAGUGGUUUGCGUGAUGUUAUUUUGCUGUAUAUCAACGCAGUCUCCAAAUGUUGUGUAUUAUUUCUUGAUUAGAUCAAGGAAGACGCAGCUAUCAGAAACUUUCAACAGCAAGCCUCAAUUUGAAAAAAAUCCAAUGUAUAGAAUAUUUUGGCUCCAUUUUUUAGCUAUUUUUCUUUUAAAUUGUGAAUAUGAUUCACAGCACAGUUGACUGGAACAAGGGAACAUGCCCCGUACUACUCAUGGGAACAAAGUUAUAUAUUCUGUAAAAAUGACUUUAAGAAAUCAAAAUAUUCCAAAUUCAUUACUUAAGGGAAAUAUGUAACGAUAAGUGUACAGCUGGAAUAAGGAUAUCAAUAUUUUGAGGAAACACAAAUUAUUGAUGAACAGAAAAUGGUGCCAUAUGGCACCAAAUUUAUAUUUGUUACCUUGGAAUUUACUGUGUGAAAAGUUAAUGAUUUUUUAUACAGGAAAACUGUUUGAAUCUUAACAAUGGGAUAAUGUUUGAUGUAUAUUACACCAGAGCAUUCAAAACAUCAACUGUAUCACUGCAAAGGAAUGGAAAAAUUAUGAUAGUUGAGGGUGUGGAAGGGAAUUCUAGUAGUCUAGACUUGUUUAAAAGUGCGUAGCAAAAUUUUGACUGUGGUAAAACCACACAUUGUACAGUUUCUCAACUUCAUAAUAUUGACGAUCAACCUUGUGGUUAACAAUUUGUGUGAGGUUAAACUUUCUGCAAAACCCUUUCACACCCUCAUAGCGGUUUGACAAGACGACAAGUCGAUCUGGAAAUUCCGGACUUCUGAGUGAUUGUAGCUGAUCAGAUCUGUCGCUAUACUAACGUUAGACUCUACCAACCGAGAGACGCCUUCUUGUGCGAGGCAUCAUUUCUUACAUAACCGAUGAGUGACUUUGAACCUGCCUAACUCCCCCCCCCCCCUAAUUACAAUGUAAUAGGGAGAAAUCGCCAAAUAUGGUAAACAGUAUCCCUGAUGUUGCUACUGGUUGAGCUCUUGCAAUUGGUAUUAUUUUUUGAUUGGAAUGGUAUUUAUAUAUGGACUGUUACUAUUGUAUAUAGUCAUAUUUUUGUACAAGAAUAAAAUCGUCGUAGUAGGGGCGAGGCGCCUACAGACUGGAGAUUUUAUAUGUUGUUGCAUUGGUACAAUGUAGGUUGUUGCUAAGUUAUUUACCCUGAACUGUACUCUGUCAUUUUUUGUAGUUACCUCUUAUUUAUUACCAUGUCCAUGGAUGUAGCCAAGCUCUGUUACACAGGGAAGAAACCUUGUAUAAAUUGUGGGUGUUGUUUGAGUGUUUCUGUGUACAGCGAGUGAUAUAGAACAUGCCCAUAACAUGACACUGUUACUUGUAAUAUAUCAUUAAUAAAAUAUCAAAUAAAA